AUGGUGAGCUUCGACUUCCUCACGAUUCGAAGAAACACCCGCUUACGACGGGAAUACCUUUAUCGAAAAUCGCUUGAAAGCAAAGAACGGGCAAUCUAUGAGCGCAAAGAACAGAUCAAACAGGCGAUCGAAGAUGGAAAACCCGUACCCACCGAACUUCGAAAUAUGAGUAAAGAACUAAAACAAGAUCUACCUUUCGAUCAGGCACAAGAUGCGCCCACUACACAUGCCGAUGACGAAUAUGCCCGUGCUGGUGUCUUCGAUCCCAAAGUCGUAAUCACAACUUCAAGAGAUCCAAGCAGUCGGUUACAGCAAUUCUCUAAAGAAAUGCGUCUCGUUUUCCCCAAUUCACAGCGUAUCAAUCGUGGUGGUCACGUUAUUAAGGAUAUUGUUGAGCUAUGCAGAAACAACGAAGUAACAGAUUUAAUUAUUCUACACGAACAUCGAGGAAAACCGGACGGUAUGGUGGUUUGUCAUUUUCCUUAUGGCCCGACUACAUAUUUCUCAUUGCAUAAUGUCGUUCUUCGACAUGAUAUCAAAGACCAAGGCACAGUAUCCGAAGCGUUCCCUCAUCUUAUUUUCGACAACUUCAAUUCACGACUGGGCCAACGUGUCACAAACAUCUUGAAAUACUUAUUCCCGGUACCAAAAGAAGACACUAAGCGUGUAAUGACAUUUGCCAAUCAACAAGAUUUUAUUUCCUUCAGACAUCACGUAUAUGUGAAAGCGGGCAAUACAGUGGAAUUGGCAGAAGUUGGACCGCGUUUUGAGAUGAGAGUAUAUGAGAUCAGAUUGGGUACUGUGGAUCUGACGGAAGCAGAUGUAGAGUGGCAGUUGGCAUCAUUUACACGAACAGCAGGACGACGGACCGAACUGUAG